GUGACGGCACAUCAACCAUACGCCAAAAAUGGCAGCCGCAUUUGCAACCCCAUCAUCCGUCUUCGGCCUCGGCGGCUCCGCCACCUCGCUGUUAUCCCCAUCAAAGAAAACACCCCUCUCUUCAGGGUUUUUGAGAUGCGGGGCGACUGCUAGGAACUCUUUGAGGUUAGCUGGUGCUUUAGGGGGCAGGUUUACUUGCUUCGAGAGAGACUGGCUGCGUAGGGACUUGAACGUGAUAGGAUUUGGGCUGAUUGGGUGGCUAGCUCCAUCCAGCAUACCGGCGAUCGAUGGGAAGAGCUUCACUGGCCUUUUCUUUGAUAGCAUUGGAACUGAGCUCGCUCACUUCCCUACACCUCCGGCUCUUACUGCCCAGUUCUGGUUGUGGUUGGUAUUAUGGCACCUUGGACUGUUCAUCACCUUAAGCCACGUCAAAACUGCCGCCACGUUGUGGGAGAUCAAUAAAAUCUCUUCACCGCCAGCUAAGGAAGAGCUGGAGAAGAAUGAUAGGAGGAGAAAAGCUCCCAGAGUUUUGAAAAUGGCUCACACCUUGCCACCUAGUUUGUCUGAUCCGUCUUAUAGCCCUAUUUCAGAGAAAAUGGAUCGAUCCAGAAUCAAAUCUCAUAAGAGAAGAUCUUUGGUUGUUUAUCAUAAGCUUGAAUUAACUGACUAUAAGUUGGGGAGUUCGGACUUCGUUGGCAAUGCCUGUCUAAUAGAGACUGAAACUCAUUCCAAAGGUAAAAAUCAUGCUGGAUGCAUAACUGGGACCGAAACUCGUUUAAAGGACAUCCGGAAUAGCCUUACCACUUCGAAAGAACUCUUAAAAGUUUUGAAUCAUGUAUGUGGUCUCCAAGAGCGACAUUCAUCGACCACGUCCCUUAUAUCUUCCCUGCGCAUUGAACUCGAUCGAGCUCGCACCGGAGUUGAUCAUUUGAUCCGUGAGCCACGUUCUUAUUGUGAUGAAAUGGAGCACUUCAUGAGGCACUUUGCAGAAGAAAAGGCAGCUUGGAAGAGAAAGGGGCGCGAGAGAAUCCGAGAUGCCAUAGCAUGUGUAGCGGAUGAGCUUGAGGUGGAGAAGAAACUACGGAGGCAAACAGAGAGAUUGAACAAGAAGCUCGGAAAAGAAUUGGCCGAUACAAAGGCAUCUCAGUCGAAGGCGACAAAGGAGCUUGAGGGUGAGAAGAGGGCAAAGGAAAUAUUGGAGCAAGUCUCUGACGAGUUUGCUAAAGGAAUCGGAGAAGAUCGAGCCCUGACAGAAGAACUGAAAAGAGAGACGGCUAUAGUGAGGGAAGAAGUGGAGAAGGAAAGGGAAAUGCUUCAGUUUGCCGAUGUCUUACGCGAGGAGCGACUUCAAAUGAAGCUUUCGGAGGCUAAACAUCAGUUUUGAGGAGAAGACUGCAGU